AGCUCGAGCGGCAUGCAGGGUUGGCUUGCCGGAUCCCCUCCUAGCCAAGAUGCCAAUGACGCCUAAAAAUUCGAACCCCAAAUACACAGCUGCAGAUGCAGUUUUUAGUGCAGAACCUUGGACAGUGCCAUGGACAGCAAAGACCAUUCUGCAGAGAGUCAAGAAAUGGAAUAUGCAACAAAACCACCUUCAAAUAUAUCAGACAUUGUCUGCAAAUUUGCCAAAGUUUGCAGAUUUAGAUCCAUUGGUGUCUUCUCCACUGAAAAUCCCACCCACAACCACUAACCUAUCAUUGAUUUUGGCAACAAUGUCCCAUCAUCGGAAGACAGCAGUGAUGCCACGGAAGAGGCAGAGUGCGACAUUGAGAAAAUCCAUCCCAACCCAGUUGAGAUUCAACCCAAAACCACUGAAUGUGUUAACAUGGAGAUCUUGAAGCUGUGUUGCAGAUUAUGGUAUCCAUCUUCACUAACCUUUAUGCAGAGUUUGUGUAGUGGAAAUGAUAGUUCUAUAUUAGCUGUCACAGAAGGCUGCCAGCUUUCCAUAUGGGACUUGAGAAUGAAAGAAAAUGGUGGUUGUGUGCGUAGGAUAUAUGGUUCUGUUGGAGAUAUCUUCUAUGCAGUCUAUAGUUCUUCAACUAGUAUUGCAGUGGGAGGAGCUGAUCGUACUGUUACCGUCUACGAUCCUCGUAGGUACCUGGAUCAUAAUCAAUUUACUGGGAGAAUCCCGGAUGCAUUCUAUAAGCACACUUUCUUGAAAGAAAUGUAUAUUGAAGGAAAUGCUUUCCGGCCAGGUGUGAACCCUAUUGGCGUCCACAAUGUCCUCGAAGUUUCUGACACAGAGUUCUUGUUUUAGUCAAAGCUUCCACAUAUUAUUUACUCGUAGAAUUGUUUCUUUUUGUUCUUGCUAAAACUAGGGUGUUUCAGUUUGAAUUGGAAUGUAGUUCUAUAAAUAGGAUGUAUAUAAUGUACACUAGUGUUUUGGGAAAUUUAAGAAAUUUUGGAAGUAGGUUGUUUGACAGUUUAGAAA